AUGGGAUCGAAUGUCCCUUAUAGUUCUAUUAUUGCUGAUUUCGCUGGUCCUUCAGUGGUUUCCCCUGUCUUGGGUAAUCCAAUUAAGAAGGAGGAUGGAUUGAAUGUAGGAUUAACCUCCCCUGUGAUUGAAUUUGAGAAAGUCAUUGCUCAAUUCUGCUGUCCUGGAGAGAAGAAUGCGAUGAUGGUUUUUUGGAAUUGUUUAUCUGCUAGUGAGAAGGAAGGAUUCGUUCAUGGCCUCAGAUUUACGAAGAAGAAGUAUAACAGUGGUAGUGAUGCUGAAAAUUCCAUUGAGGAUUCGAUUGAUAAUAUUAAGAAGAUCUCAUCUGUCAGUCAGAGGAAUGAAUUGCUUUUAAAUCUGGAAGCAUCUCAGCAACAAGAAGAAGGAGAAGUUGGGGAAACAGUUGUUAGCUUAUUGCCAGAGGGCAUUCCUGUUUCAGAAGAUAAUGAGCCUGUUGCUGUUGAUUUGGGGGAAAUUUGCUCUAUGCAGGCUUUAGCUAAGGUUAAGAAAGAGAAAGGAAAGUUUGAAAUUGAUGAGAUGGUUAGCAAGCAGUUGGAGGAGGUUUGCAAUAAUAUUGUUUACCAUUUUCCUAGUAAAUUCAGUCAUUUGGACAUUGUGAAUGAAGGUGAAUUCAAAUUUAAUUAUGUUGAUGAAGAGAUUGAAGGCAAAGAUGGAAAAAUGGCUGUUGAUGAUAAAGUGAUUCUUAAAGAAAAUGCUAAAAAUAACAAUGGUGGAUUGCUUAUUUCUGAUGUAAUGUUGGAGAAUGCUAAGUUUGGUAAAGCUCAGGAGAAGAUUGAUCUGCCACAGCCUAAUCCUAUUGGAGCCGAUUCUAUAGUGGGGGAGCAAGUUUCGUAUGCUAAUAAGGUGAGUGGGAAGAAGCUCAAUGCUGCUAAUUUGAUUUCUGUUAUCAAGAAGGAUCCCAUCCUUCCAAAAGGAGUUGUAGAGAUGCCUUAUUGUGAUAUUUUAAAAGAGGAAGUCAUGGUUAAUGAUGAGGGAGUUUAUUUCUUCAGAUUUAGUUCUGAGCAAGGAUUGAUUUCAGUUUUGGAAGGAGGUGUUUGGAUGAUUUUUGAUAGUGCCCUUGUGGUUAGAAGAUGGACUACAGGUGUGAGUUCUGUUAAGGGUCAACAUGACAAAGUUCCGGUGUGGGUUAAAAUUUUUAAUGUCCCUCUUGAAUACUGGAAUGGAACAGGGCUUAGCCAUAUUGCUUGGGAAAUUGGCAAACCUUUAGAUGUGGAUGCUCACACUGCUAGCAUGUGUCAAGAUCAUUGGGGAAGGCCUGCAUUUAUGCGAGUUUUGAUUGAAAUGUCAGCUUCUAAGGAUUGGCUUAAAGAAGUGCAAGUUUAUUCGUCUGAUUUAACCACAGGUGAAAGAAUCUUGUCGAAAUGCAGGAUUGAAUAUGUUUGGAAUCCGUCAAAAUGCUCUCAUUGCAAAGUUUAUGGGCAUAAAGAUUCUAAUUGUGGUAUUUUGCUAGCUAAACAGGGGAUAAGGAAGAAUAAUAACAAUAAAUCGGAUUUUCCCAAUGGAGAAAAUCAAGGAAGUAAAGGGAAAGGAAUACAGGGGUAUAAUGGGAAAAGUAAGAAUUUGAAUGGAAGAGGGGUUGGAUCUAAUUUCGAACAGGGACAAAAUAGUAAAACAAAUUUUAUGGUGAAUAAAGGAAGUGGUUCAGGUGUCUUUAUGGCUGAUAAGGGUAAUUUGGGAAGUAUGGCCGAGAAUCGAGUUUUACAGGAGAAUAAUAAGGAGGGAACGAAUAAUAGGGAAGUUAAUAUGCACUCUUAUAUUCCAAAAUCUGGAAUGGAUUUCAAAAUUAGUUCGAAUUUUGACAAGAACUAUCAAAAUGUUAAGGGUGCUGCUCCUGUGAAGUCUUUUUUUAAUAAUCAGUUUGCGGUUUUAAAUGAUUUGGGUGAUGAGAAUCAAUUUGUUUAUUUGAAGAAAGGCAUCGAUGAGGCUGAUCUUGCUUAUUUGGAUACUGUUGAUCAAAUGGAAGUUCUUGGAGGUGUCCCUGUGAUUGACACCAACAUGGAAGCAGGUCCCAAUGGCGAUUAG